AUGGCUUCCUCCGAUCUUGCCGCCACUUACGCUUCGCUCAUCCUCGCUGACGAGGGUCUCGAGAUCACCUCCGAGAAGAUCGUCCAGCUGACCACCGCUGCCGGUGUGCCCGUUGAGCCCAUCUGGGCCACCCUCCUGGCCAAGGCCCUUGAGGGCAAGGACGUCAAGGAGCUCCUCACCAACGUUGGUGGUGGUGGUGCUGCCGUCGCUGUCGCUGCCCCUGCCGGUGGUGCCGCCGCUGCUGGUGGCGCCGCUGCCGAGAAGGAGGAGGAGAAGAAGGAGGAGGAGAAGGAGGAGUCGGACGACGACAUGGGCUUCGGUCUCUUCGACUAA